CGUGCAUUUUGCCACCAUUCUUCGUUUCAGCCGCUGACAAUGGAAGCUUUUUUUAUGCAAUGUCGUGAUACCCUUGAUGUCCACCAUGAUAAGCGGGAACGUAUCAUCAAACUGAGCAGGGAUAUCACCGCCUUGAGCAAAAAGCUCAUUUUCGCGCUCCAUCGUACUACACAGAACGAGCAAGCGAGUAAAAAUGGAUACAAGGAUGCCCGAGCGAAGCAAGAAGAGAUUAUGCGCCUAUUCAAACAACUCGCCCCGGAAGUUGAAGGCGCGAGCUAUUACAGAUAUGCGCGGAGCUUCUCUGGAGCCUUUGAAGAAUACAUUGAAGCCAUAGCAUUCUUUCAUUACUUGGAGCACCAAAAGCUGAUCCUCAAGUCUGAAAUUGAUAAACAUUUCGUGGAUGAUGAUGGUCAACCGUGGCUAAAAGUACAACAGCAAGAUUAUAUCCUGGGUCUAGCUGAUUUUACGGGCGAGCUGAUGCGUAUGGCGAUCAACAACGUUGCCACUGGAAAGUACGAUCAGGCCAUGAAUAUUUGUAAACUUUUACGCGCCUUGAGCUCAGAUUUUGAGUUGUUAUCGGGUACGACUUUUCCUCUUUUAAACAAGAAAAUGAACGCACUUCGAUCAAGCCUGAAUAAAGUGGAACGAGCAUGUUAUACCUAUCGAAUUCGUGGUAGCGAAUAUCCACGAGAAAUUUACGAAAGCAUGAUUCGCGAUCAUCAUGCCAGAUAUGACGAAGAACGGCAGUCGGCCAUGGCAAUGAAUGAUGAAUGAUUUCUAGUU